AUGCGACGCUUCCUUCGACUGGCUGCCGACGGCUCUGACAACCUUCGGUGGAGUAAAGUGGGUCUGGCAAAGGAAGUGCUGGCCGAACUACCCUCACAGGAAAACUUAAUCAUUAGGCGCAGUUUCUGCUACCUCCGCAAAGCAAAUGUCCGCAAAUGUACACACGAGAGUUAUGUGAAUGUGUUUUCUACAAAACCCCGCAACAACCAACAUCUGAAACAAAAUGUGUUCGGCAGGUUUCAAGCGUCUGUAACGCUACCUGACUGGGAAGUCUUGACUGACGGGACAAUUGAUCGACACAACCAAGGUAUGUUACUGGGUUGUCGUUCGAGGCGUUGA